GUUAGAUAAUAAAUAUCUAAUCAGGGCUCGGGGAGGAGUUAUUGCAAUCCUCAGGACAAGUGGCCAGUGCGAGAGCGAAAGAUGCCCAAAGAAAACGGAAAGGACAAUGAUAUUAGGUAGCGAACUAUUUCAAGUGGUAUUUAGCUAGUCCGGUUCAUUUGAUUGUUUUUGUGGAUAUGAAAACGUCCAGACAAAGGGAAACAGAGAAUGUGAAGCUCCGUUUUGCUUAAUCAACCCCUCUUACCGAAAGCUGAUAUAUGAUAUGGAAGAAGGGGUACAUUGAGGGAGAUCACACAAGCAAUACCUGCAUUCUCCAGCUCGCGGUAUCUACUGGGAUGCAUCAGAAGUGGAUCAAAUGCCAUGACUUCCAUGCAAUGGAGGGUUUACGCUUCUCUGUGGGCUCAUUGGGGAUUUCCAAGACCGUUCUGCCCAUUCAAGGCUUAGGUGCAGCGGUUCUAGGGCUGAUGCUGUUGGUGACAAUGAUCACAGCAGGUUCACCUGCAGCAGUAGACUGGCCUUCGUUGGAUCCCACCAUGUUGGAAGAGUUUCAGGAAGAAGUACCAAGCUGGACUGAAUCACCCUCAGCCUUAUUAGUUUCACACACUGAUGCCUCUGAGCACCUAGAUGACACUACAACUAUAGCUCUCCGUUCACCUGGUCCCCUACCACUUGAAUCACCUUCUAGGUCUAGUGACCCCCUGUCCACUCCCCCUUUUAGCUCUUCGGAGCCUGCGAUUGUCCCUCAGAAACACCCUGAAGGCCCAGCCCGACUCUCAAGGGACAUUAAGCUCUCUGGGCCUAUCUCAACCAUGGCAGCUACCUCUUCAACCCUUGUUACAGUACCACACCAGAAGCUUCUCAGACCACAGUCCAACAUAUCCACAACACCCUUGAACUUCUCUACAGCCACCAGUGGGACUACGUCUCCACAGUUUAUUGUCCCAAACUCUAAUGAAAGAGCUUCAGAUGAACCUCCAUUAUUACCCCCCAGCAACCAGCAAGACCCAUCAAAACAGAGAACUCCUGCACUUAUGACAUCACUUCCGGUUGGUCCCCUCAACCUGCCUAGACUGCCUGUUUACAAUCUGGUAGAUGUAGCAGCCCUGUCAGACCAAGCCAGCCCAGAGUCUAGACCUAAUCCAGAUGUUUCCCAGAGUUUAGGCGAUCUCUCGCUGGAUCACAAACUGCCUCUUGAGCCCUCCAGUAGAUUAAUCGAUCUGGAUCACCUGCGUCCCAGCAGUGAGCUCAUGCAGAAGGAUGAUGCUGCCCAAGGUAUUUACAUGCUCCUGAAGCCAUCGCCUGAAAUGCAGCUGGCUCCCAGCUAUGUGCCUUUCCUGAGCCCACAGACCACGUCCUCCUCAGCCGAGCCCACCAUGGUCCCUACUGAGGACUUCUUCCCCACCAACACCAUGGAGGUGGACUGGGGCUCCGGAGACCACCCGGAGACCGUGUCCUAUAUGGGCUCGGAGGACGACGACUUCUCCCUGGUCACCAACCUUCCCACGGACAUGUACGACCUGGAGGACUCCAAUGCGGAACGCUACGACACCUCCUUCCCCUCCAGGGUUGGCGUGUCCUUCUCCUCGAUGCGUCACGUGACGUCUUCACUUAGUCUCACUACAACAGAUCUCAGCUCUGGUGUUAGAAGUGUGGCCCCCACAUCUGUUCCUCCCUCUAUCCAUCCAUAUCCCAGUCACUCAAUGCUAGCCUCAACACCAACACCUCAAGGUAGUCUACCAGAAGGUUCAGGCGUAGACUGGACAGAUAACUUUACUGUUGAACCAACAGACCUUCUCCUACCAGACAUGAACAGCCUGGAGUACUACACCAUCCAGCUGACCAAGGAUGACUCUGAAGAACACAGAGGCACCAAUGUGACCACCACCUCCAGACAUUUCUCCCUGAUGUCCAUCAGCACCAUCCACAUCAUGGCCACCAGCACGUUCACUGAGGACCCCAGCCACAUGCUCACAGCAUCCUAUGGAGUGGAGGUCCAGCCUUCUGACAACACUACCUGGAUUAAAGAGUCCUCUGAUAUAUCUGGCUCAGAGCCUCUCAAUACGACCACAGCAGACGCCACGGAGAUGACUUCUCUGAAUUUCUCAGUGCCGUUCCUGGAGCCUUCAUUAGCGCCAACCCCCUCCAUGGACCUGUCAUCCUCCCUGUGGGGUGUCACUGGUCAGGUGUCCUCCGGGGAAUGGAUUAGCCCUGUGGCCACCUCCAGUGUCGGACUGGACAGCAGCUCUGUAUUAGUGUCUGUGCAGCCUAGUGCUAAGGGCUCUGAGACAGACAUCCAGUGGUAUGUGUCCCCCACCGCCACAGAGACGGCCCUCCUCAGCACCUCUCUCGUCACUCCUGUGUUGACCACCUCUGUCGCCUUCACCCCAGUGCCUGGUCAAACAGAAUUACCCCCCGAUGUCACCUCAGGCCCCACAGAGCGAGCUACAAAUGCCACCACAUUUCCCCCGGUGUCAGUCAUGGCUGACCAAGGUAUUGAUACGGAUAGUCCUGUCACAGCAGUGACAAACGUCAGCCAGAGUACACUUAGCACCGUAGACACCCCCUCCACAACUGAUCCUGCCACCACCACUACUACUACCACCACCAUCACCACUAAGGCCUCUACAACCACUGCUCUGGCCACCACCACUACCACCACCACCCCCUUAAACAUAACAACCACAAAAAGCCCGCCUACAACCAUUGGCCGCCAGUACCUCUGUAAUGUCUCCAAGCCUGUGUACUUUGUUAAAGUCGGUUUUCCACUUGGAGCCACUGUUGGAUAUGCCAAAUCCCAAAUCCGAGACAUACUGAAGACUGAAUUCAAUAAGUCAAUUGAACUGCAGGUUGCUAAGAGCCCUCCAGACUUUGUGUUCCGGGCAGUGUCGGGUCCCGUGGUGUUCACAGCCAUAUCUGUCAUCAACGCCCUGCGCCAGUCAGGCCGACGCUUCCAGCCCAUCUCACAUUACUGGAAGGUACCAGACCACCAGUACCAAGUCCACUCAGUGCUGCAGUUUGUGCCCAGCCACGUCGACGUGCGAGUCUGCAAUUUCAGCGAGCGCAUUGAGAAAGGCCUUACCAUGGCAUACGCCGAAGUGCGCCGACGCGCACAGGAGUCCACCAACUUCACUGUGCACAUUGUGAACAUCACCAUGAAUCAGCCCAGGAGUCAGCAGAGGGAGCCAGUGGACGUGACCUUCGCGGUGCGCGAUGCCGUCGGCUACCUGAAGGGGUCGGAGGUCAGCAACCACCUGAGGCUGCUCAACAUGGUGGAGUUUAGCUACUACCUGGGCUUUCCCGUGCUGCAGAUCGCCGAACCUUUUCACUACCCAGAGUUGAACACCACCCAGUUGCUUCGCUCGUCUUGGGUUAGAACAGUGAUGCUGGGUGUCCUGGACCAGGGGGUGGACGGGCGGACCUUCCAGGCCAAGAUGGAGCGUCGUGUGGCCCUGCUGCUGGGAGAGGUUCUGAGGGCGGCCAGGCGUAACAAGAGGGCCACCAGCGUGGCCAACCACAGUGUUCAGAUUGUGAGUACGACCAGGCUGGUGGGAGCGGACCACCCUCUGGAUAUGGUGUACUUUGUGGACCAGCUAGGACAGCGGUUGCCUGCCAUCACCACGGCCAACAUGCUGAACAGACUGGAUGUGCAAAGGGCAGCCAUCGUGUUGGGCUACAGAGUACAGGGCAUCCUGGCUACACCUGUGGAGAAGGUGGCAGGGUACCCUCCUCCAGACACGGAGAACACCAGCAUGUGGAUCAUCAUAGGCGUGGUGGUGCCGCUAGGCGUGGUCAUCGUCAUCAUCUCCAUCCUCUACUGGAAGCUGUGUCGCACCGACAAGUUGGAGUUCCAGCCCGACGCCAUGACCACUGUCCAGCAAAGACAGAAGCUCCAGGCUCCCAGUGUGAAGGGCUUUGACUUUGCAAAGCUGCACCUGGGCCAGCACAGUAAAGAUGACAUCAUGGUAAUCCAGGAGCCUGGUGCCCCCGGGCCCCCACCACCCAUCUCCAACACCAAGGAGAGUGCCGCCACCUCCAAGAACGGUGAGGUCCCCACCCCCAGGUCAAAAGGGACCUCCGUCUCCUCCACCAAGGCGUCCCGCAGCACACGCAGGCGAGGAAGGGACAGGAUCUCUCCGUCGGACAGGGACUCCAUGGUGAGCGCUGGGUCCGGUGAUCGUGAGAAGGAGUUAGCCGAGGAGAACCUGAGAGCCUUCGCCAUGCCCAACGACAGCAAGCAGGCCCGCAAGAUCCCAAUCAAUGUUUUAAAUGGUCCUCCUCCCAUGAACGGCCAUGACGAGCAUCUCUCCUCUGCCUCCAUCUUUGAGCAUGUGGACCGCAUGUCGCGCUCAGCCGACGGCACCCGUCGCCUGUCCAAUAAGAUUCAGCUGAUCGCCAUGCAGCCCAUGGCUGUCCCGCCCCAGCACCACAGCCCCACUGUCAACGGUAUUAACGGCAGAGGGCCAGAGACACACAGCAGCUUUAACAAGGAGAUCCAGGUGGCGUUGAGGCAUAAGUCUGAGAUCGAGCACCACCGUAACAAGAUCCGUCUGCGGGCCAAGAGGAAGGGUCACUAUGACUUCCCUGCCAUGGACGACCUGGUAGACAAUGGUCUGACCACUGACUCCAAGGACCAGGACCACAUCUACCACAAGGCCCAGAUGCAGAUCGACAAGAUCCUGAACCCUGACAUCCACAUGCCCUCACUGUUCAUGGAGCCUAAAAAGAGGGGUAGGGGGAGGCGUUCUCCCAAGCAGAGGAAGAAGCACCAGCUGAACGGCAGCCUGACUGACGCAGACAAGGACCGGCUCAUCUCCAACGACAGUGACGGCACCUACAGGAAAUACCCUGGGGUCAACAACGUGGCCUAUGUGUCGGACCCUGACCAGGCCCCAGAGUCUGGGACCCCCUCCCCCAACGACGACGUGUUCUUGGGCCCCAUCUCGCCCCCUCCGGGGCACGCCCCUCCCCCGCCCCCCUACAUGCCCCCCCAGCCCUCCAUCGAGGAGGCCAGGCAGCAGAUGCACUCCCUGCUGGACGAUGCCUUCGCCCUGGUCUCCCCCACCUCCCAGGGCAGCACGGCCGGCAUCACCCUGCCCGGUGUCAACUCCAACCCCCCCAGCUCCAGCCCCCCACCUCGUGGUGGAGCCCGCCCCUGGGGUACUACCUACCCAGCCCUCAGCCCGUUCUCCUCAAGAUACGCUGAGUUAGGAAUGUCCCCUCCUUCACUCCAAGGCUUACUACAGAGACAGGGCCUGGGCUCCAACUACCCACCAGGUGACCCAGGACAUGUUGACCAGCUCCCUCCAGAGAGCCACUACUCCACCAGGGGCCUGUACACUGAAGACCUGCCCUCCUCUACCAGGCCACGGCCAGUAGGGGGCACCACAGGUAACCAGCUCAAUCACCUGAACCAGGUGGAUCUUGGGAGCCGGAUCAAGGGGGGGUACCCAUUAGGUGGCAGGGCACCUCCAGGUCAGACUGGAGGCUCAGGCUGGGCACCCUACUCUGACGGUGACUUCAGACCCACCAGAGACCCUGUUCUUCUGGGCUACCCUGACUCCUCCUCCUCUAUGUUCCAGAUGCCUAGUAGGAGUUCCCUAAGGGAACCCUCUGCCCACCUGGACAUCUACCCCCCCGAGGAGUCCUCUCCCCCCAACCACUCCUCAGCCUCCCUCAUCAAGGCCAUCAGGGAGGAGCUGCUGCGCCUCUCUCAGAAACAGCAAGCCGUGCCCAGUUACCACAGCUGAGACAGACGGCCUCCUCUGGUCCUCAAUGAACCUCUACUGCUACAUCCACCAGUCGUAUCGCUGCCCCUGCCUGCCUGCUCCAACCUAGCAAUGCUUCCCAUGGAAGUUCUGUUGUACAGGAGAGAGACAGUACUCCUGGGCUGCGUCAAGGUGGCUAUUGGCAAACUAGUCCAAACUGAAUGAGAUGACAUCAUAUAUGCCACUAGUAGCCUAAGCAUAGAUGGGGUCAUUAUAUGAAUGACCUGUUCUCUAAGCUCUGGCUCUCUGACCCAGACCCCUGUAUCUGACCCAGACUGUCCUAUAGCAUACAGUGUACUACAGUAUAAGUGACCCUAGAGGUUUAAGGGAGAAGGUGUGAACUGACUGUUUGGCCAUGACCACUGAUCCCUGCCCAGUUGUUUUUAAUUUGAGGUGUUGUUGCUUUUGUUCUUUUUAAACAGCUGUGUGUGUGUGAUGAUGAUGAUAAUAAGCAAUGUGGUUUGAUAUUCUCUCUCAUGCUGCCUUGACAUCCUAACAAUAUUUUACAGUACAGUGGUCUUUCUCUAUCAGUAGGACAUCUUUCAUUUAGGCUCCAAACAAUGAUACCAUGUUACCUUUUAACGGUGAUGCUUCUUACCAUUACUAUACAGGUUUUGUUUUUGAAGAGGCUCUUCUCCUCCAUCAUCUUCUGGUGCUUCUUUAAACGCUUUGUGUUUUCUGCCAUGAUAUGGAGGGGUGAUAUGCACACACUCCAUGAAACCAGUUGUCCCAGGUGCUGGAUGAAGCUGUUCUACAUUGUUUCACGCCUUGAGCCACACAAUGCCUUGUGUUGUGACAGAGUGAGUCAGUUAAACUGUCUCAAUCUACUAUACAGCUAAGGUCAGAGUUCGGGGGGACAACACUAGACACAAAGAGCUGCAAUAAUUAUACUGCAGCAACUCCCAUACAUUGUUAUUUAUUUGACCAGGAAGGGCUCAUUGAGAUUUGAAAUCUCUUUUUCAAGAGCGUCCUGGCAAAGAUGAGCAGCACCAAGUCAUUACACCAUAACAGUCUAACUACAAGUAAUCUAGUAAAAACCACAGGGAUAUAACGAAAUCAUAAAACAACAAAGGCAUUCCAAGGCGAUGGCGCAGAGUACAUAAAAGCCCUUUUAGCAAAUUCAGUUUGGACAUACGGAACAGUUAGCAGGAUUAAGUCCUGCGAACGAAGAGAGUACCCACCACAUUUCUGGGGGGGGAAAAUGCCCACAUAAAAUGGUAAUAAACAUUACUUUACCAAUGCAACUACAUUGACUUUGUUGUCAACAUCUUCAGCACAAUGUCCACAUUUGACCAUAUAUAUCCAGGUUGUUGAGGAUGCUACCUUGUUAGGACUUUAAAUUCCAACAUAUGGUGAACCUAUAUGACAACAUUAUUUCUAUAGUUAUUACACUAAGAUCAUUUAUUGUGUAUAAUAAUUCAUUUGUGGCAUUUUAUAAAAUGUUCUGACCUGCAAACAAAUCAAAGUGAUUGACAGUACCUUUACAUGCAGAUUGCAGCGCCUAUUCAUUUUUAUUAAGCUAAUAGAUCCAGGCAUGCAAUCUGAUCUAUUUAAUUCACUGUAUGCAAACUACUGGGUUGCACUUGGCUUUUCUCAGUGAAUAUCCUUCAAGUCACACCAACAGAAAUGUAAUUGAAAGAUUCAUAGGUCAAGUCAAUUAUGCAUUGUAUUGCUGAAGGAAAUGCAGUAUUUUCUCAGCUGAGAAACCGGGUCAGUGCUCACACUCGUUCAAUCUCCAGGGUAUUCUUCAUCUAUUUCCUCCUUUUUCCACGCAGUGUUGAAAUGUUCAGCUACAUGUACUGUGUUUUAAUUGUUCACAGUUUACUGCUCAGUCAAUCUGUCAACUUGAGAUGUUUUGUGCAUAUUAUGUUAUUUUUAUUCUUGAAUGGACUUGCCUCGUGUUUUAUUUCCUCCAUUUGUCUUUGUUCAAUAUUUUUUUUACAUUUUGUUCAGUAACAUUUUCAACAAACUCCACACACAUUGCUUUGCUGUGGGCAUUGAAGUGAUAUUUCAUUUCAAUAAAAUAAAAGAGAAAUUAUUGAUUUUAGUUGUAGGGUUAAACUACAUUUAUUCACUGACUUGGAUGAAUUAAUACUAUAUCAGUGUUGAACAUUGUCCCAAAUACUGUAUAUCCCAGUUUCACUCCACAACACUCUUAUCCAAAGCAACUUACAGGAGCAAUUAGGGUUAAGUGCCUUGCAUAAGGGAACAUCGACAGAUUUUUCUCCUAGUCAGCUCAGGGAUUUAAACUAGUGGCCUUGUGGUUACUGGCCUAACACUCUUAACCACUAGGCUACCUGCACCGGCUACAGUACUGUACACCAGACACACACUACUAUGGCUCCUCAUGACCAACAUGUACCUUAUGGAUCCCCCUCCCUUUGGUGCUCUCAUACUAAUGUCCCCCAUCCUGUCUCAUUCUACUUGCCUGUCUGUCUGUUCGAGAGUCUUAACCAGGCUCUGUUCACUCCAACAACCAUUGACUGUUUUGGAUCAUAGUACAGUAAGGCAUUUUGUAACUACUGUAGUCUCAGAAUUAAGUUAAAGGAUUUUCUCUCAACAAGGGUUCUAUAGGUCUUAACAGUUGGUGCUAAAGUGUGGUUUAUUACCAUCUAAUAUUCAACACUAUUUCUGGAUGUAGAUUUGCACCCAUGCAGUUAGAUUGUAAACUGAGUUACCUGUAGUGAUUUCACUCCUAGUUGAUCUGAGUGGCUUCAUUCACAACACUGUGCUGUACCAUACUGUACUGGAAGAGUGUCUGUUAAAUGACUACCAUGUACAAUGUACUGUAUGCCUCCACCUGCUGGUUCUGCAACUCCCGUGCACAUCUCUCAGAUUUAGUGACAGAUGUUUUCCCUUGUCUUGUUUUAUUGUGAAGAUCAUACUUUGUGUUGGCUGGACCAACCAUGUUUAAUGUGUUUGACUUGUUGAGUUGCAUGUUUCAUUCAUGUACACUACCGUUCUAAAGUUUGGGGUCACUUAGAAAUGUCCUUGUUUUUGAAAGAAAAGCACAUUUUUCAGAAUUACAGUGUAGACAUUGUUAAUGUUGUAAAUGACUAUUGUAGCUGGAAACGAAUAUUUUUUGUUAUGGAAUAUCUACAUAAGUGUACAAAGGCCCAUUAUCAGCAACCAUCACUCCUGUGUUCCAAUGGCACGUUGUGUUAGCUGAUCCAAGUUUAUCCUUUUAAAAGGCAGAGUUGCAAAGAAAAAGCCAUAUCUCAGACUGGCCAAUAAAAGAUUGAGAUGGGCAACAGAACACAGACACUGGACAGAGGAACUCUGCCUAGAAGGCCAGCAUCCCAGAGUUGCCUCUUCACUGUUGACGUUGAGACUGGUACUAUUUAAUGAAGCUGCCAGUUGAGGACUUGAGAGGCGUCUGUUUCUCUAACUAGACACAAAUGUACUUGUUCUCUUGCUCAUUUGUGCACCGGGGCCUCCCACUCCUCUUUCUAUUCUGAUUAGAGCCAGUUUGCGCUGUUCUGUGAAGAGUGUAGUACACAGCAUUGUAUUAGAUCUUCAGUAUCUUGGCAAUUUCUCACAUGGAAUAGCCUUCAUUUCUCAGAACAAGAAUAGACUGAUGAGUUUCAGAAGAAAGUUCUUUGUUUCUGGCCAUUUAGAGCCUGUAAUCAAAGCCACAAAUGCUGAAGCUCCAGAUAUUCAACUAGUCUAAAGAAGGCCAGUUUUAUUGCUUUUUUAAUCAGAACAACAGCUUUUAGCUGUGCUAACAUAAUUGCAAAAGGGUUUUCUAAUGAUCAAUUAGCCUUUUAAAAGGAUCAACUUGGAUUAGCUAACACAAUGUGCCACUGGAACACAGGAGUGAUGAUUGCUGAAAAUUGGGCCUCUGUACUCCUAUGUAGAUAUUCCAUUUUAAAAUCUGACGUUUCCAGCUACAAUAGUCAUUUACAACAUUAACAAUGUCUACACUGUAUUUCUGAUCAAUUUGAUGUGAAUUUAAUGGUCGAAAAAAUGUGCUUUUCUUUCAAAAAGGAUAUUUCUAAGUGACUCCAAACUUAAGGCUGUGUGUGGUUUGUUUUCCAUUUGUGUUGUGCAUGCUGUUCCAAAAGAAACACUUUUAAAAACCAAUGAAACCCAA